GCUGGGUCCUGCUUCCUCCUGGUCUUGUAGAUGAGGAUUUUUAGACCGUGGAGACUGCGCUGUCCUGCCCUGCACCUGCCUUCGCUCUCCGUGUUCUCAUUCAAGUGGAGCUUGCCCUCCUUCACCACAGACGAGACGAUGUGUAAAAGUGUGACCACAGGUGAAUGGAAGAAAAUCUUCUAUGAGAAGAUGGAGGAGGCAAAGCCGGCAGAUAGCUGGGACCUCAUCAUAGACCCCAACCUCAAGCACAAUGUGCUGGCCCCUGGCUGGAAGCAGUACCUGGAAUUGCAUGCCUCAGGCAGAUUCCACUGCUCCUGGUGCUGGCACACCUGGCAGUCACCCCACGUGGUCAUCCUCUUCCACAUGUACCUAGACCGCGCCCAGCGCGCGGGUUCGGUGCGCAUGCGCGUCUUCAAGCAGCUGUGCUACGAGUGUGGCACGGCGCGGCUAGACGAGUCGAGCAUGCUGGAGGAGAACAUUGAGAGCCUGGUGGACAACCUCAUCACCAGCCUGCGCGAGCAGUGCUACGGUGAGCGUGGCGGCCACUACCGCAUCCACGUGGCCAGCCGCCAAGACAACAGGCGGCACCGUGGCGAGUUCUGCGAGGCCUGCAACGAGGGCAUCGUGCACUGGAAGCCCAGCGAGAAGCUGCUGGAGGAGGAGGCGACCACUUACACCUUCACGCGGGCACCCAGCCCCACCAAGCCGCAAGCCGAGGCUGGUUCUGGCUGCAACUUCUGCUCUAUCCCCUGGUGCUUGUUUUGGGCCACGGUUCUGCUGCUGAUCAUCUACCUGCAGUUCUCCUUCCGUAGCUCAGUCUAAGAUUCCCUUGGUGGGUCCCAGGGGACUCUAGGGGCCCAAAGCCAAGUGAGGGGGAGCGGCUACCAACUGGUGGGAGGGGGCGAAGAGAAACCUGGGUUAGGAGUGGGGUUAAGUUAUAGCACUGGUGCCUCCACUGACUCAGAUGUUCCUUGGACAAAUCACCCAGAUUUUCCAUCUAUAAAAUCAUGGGUUUGGGCUAGACCAUUGGUUGUCUCAAGGUGAAACCCAGGGCCCCAAGUUUCUGCAAAGAUGCCUCAGAGACUUUUGGAUUUGGAAGGUAGACUGAAUGAGUGGGUUUCCCAGCCUGGUCAAACUGCCCAUCCCCAACUCUUACCUCUUCCUGUUGCUUUAAUCAGAAGAGCUCCAUUUUAGAUGGAGUUCCAUUUAAGAGUUUU